CUCACAGCCAUGGUGAACAUUCCUAAAACCCACCGGACUUUCUGCAAUAAGUGUGGCAAGCACCAACCCCACAAAGUGACACAGUACAAGAAAGGCAAAGAUUCUCUUUAUGCCCAGGGAGAGCGGUGUUAUGACAGGAAGCAGAAUGGCUAUGGUGGGCAGACUAAGCCGAUUUUCCAGAAAAAGGCUGAAACUACAAAGAAGAUUGUGCUGAGGCUUGAAUGUGUUGAGCCCAACUGCAGAUUUAAGAGAAUGCUGGCUAUUAAGAGAUGCAAGCAUUUUGAACUGGGAGGAGAUAAGAAGAGAAAGGGCCAAGUGAUCUAGUUUCUAAGCUUCAUAUUUUGUUACAUUAU